CACUAAUAUAUACAUAAAACCAAGAACAAACAAUUUUUUUUUUUUUUGCUGUUAUAUAAGGUUAAACGAGAGGUAGAAGAAACCACUGUUGGUUCCUAUAGCUAUAUAUACAUACUCUUCUCAUUGGAUGAACAGUGUUGUGUUUUUUGGUGCAUAUUAGAAGAAGAUGGAGAACUCAACUAGAGAGGUGUGUUUUAAUAAUAAAGAAGAGGUGGCAGCACCACUACUAGUGAAAAAGAGUAUCAAUGGAGGAGUAGUAUCAUCAGAGAGUGCAUUCUUGAAAGAGUUGAAGAGGGUGAGCUCCAUGGCGGCACCAAUGGUGGCUGUCACGGUGUCUCAGUACCUUCUGCAAGUGGUUUCACUCAUGAUGGUGGGACACCUUGGUGUUCUUGUUUCCUUCUCUGGGGUUGCCAUUGCUUCCUCUUUUGCCGAAGUUACUGGCUUCAGUGUCCUUUUAGGGAUGGCUGGUGCAUUGGAAACACUAUGCGGGCAAACGUAUGGUGCAGAAGAAUUCAGGAAGCUAGGGAACUAUACCUGCUGUGCAAUCAUCACUCUGAUCUUGGUUUGUGUUCCAAUAACUCUGAUGUGGAUUUUCACUGAUAAAAUUCUCAUGCUGUUUAGUCAAGACCCUGCGAUUUCUCAUGCAGCAAGGGCCUACUGCAUACACCUGAUUCCUGCGCUCUUCGGCUACGCGGUACUUCAGUCCCUUAUCCGUUACUUCCAGACUCAGAGUAUGAUCUUUCCCAUGGUCUUCACUUCAAUUGCAUCUCUCUGUAUGCAUGUUCCUAUUUGUUGGUAUCUCGUCUUUAAAUCUGGGAUGGGUCACGUUGGUGCCGCGUUAGCCAUUGGAAUUUCGUAUUGGAUCAAUGUUAUCGCUCUUGGUUUCUAUAUCCAGUAUUCUUCGGCUUGUUCAAAAACCAAGAUUGUGUUUUCUAGAAACGCUUUGCUUAGCAUUGCAGAGUUCUUCCAAUAUGCUAUCCCCUCUGGACUCAUGUUUUGUUUUGAAUGGUGGUCAUUUGAGCUGCUUACGUUGCUUGCUGGACUCUUGCCUAAUCCGCAACUCGAAACCUCGGUUCUUUCGGUCUGCCUUAACAUAACUACAUUGCAUUACUUCAUUCCUUAUGCUGUUGGAGCUUCUGCAAGUACAAGAGUUUCAAAUGAAUUAGGAGCAGGGAAUCCAAAGUCGGCUCAAGGGGCGGUUCGAGUGGUUGUGAUAAUAGGCAUUGCAGAGGCAUUCAUUGUCAGCACUUUCUUCAUCUUUUUCCGGAACAUAGUUGGAUAUGCUUAUAGCAAUGAUGAGGCAGUUGUGGACUAUGUUGCUAGCAUGGUUCCCCUUCUUUGCAUGUCAGUUAGUGCAGAUAGCAUAAUGGGAACACUUUCUGGGGUUGCAAGAGGUGGAGGAUUUCAGCAGAUAGGAGCUUAUGUAAAUCUUGGAGCCUAUUAUCUUGUUGGGGUUCCUUUAGCAUUGUUCUUGGGAUUUCAUCAACAACUAAAAGCUAAAGGGCUUUGGAUGGGAAUUAUAUCAGGUUCAUGUGUACAAGUUAUCAUUCUUGCUGUUGUAACAGCAUUAACAGAUUGGCAGAAAGAGG